CAUCAUCUGCUAAUCUACACAUCAUCUGCUUCCCUGUUCCAGACGCUAUCGAUCCGCCGGCUGUACGUCAGUAUUGAUAACUUUCCAACAUCAAGUGCAUUUGUGCAGUUAAUGUUGGCGCACGGAGCACGAGCACACUUUGCUCUUUACUUUCCCCACAGACCCGGACACUUCACUAAAAAAUGUUUUGCUUUUUCACUUCCACAAAAACAUGUCGGUAGACUCGUGCAACACAUCCGUGGAGUCUCGUGCUCGCUCUUAUUGAUGUCCUUAUGUUAAAGUGGGACCGGUGAUCGGUGUGUAACGAGGGGGGAAUCCAGCCCACAUAUUUAUUGCAGCCGCUGAAAAAAAAUCUCCUCAAUAUCCCCCAAGAUGGCCGCCGAUGUAGGAUCGAUGUUUCAAUAUUGGAAGAAAUUUGAUCUACGGCGGCUCCAGAGGGAGCUAAACUCUGUCGCGUCUGAGCUGGCCGGUCGACAAGAGGAGAGCGAGCAUUCCCACAAGCACCUGGUAGAGCUGAGCAGGGAGUUCAAGAGAAAUGUCCCUGAGGAAGUCCGGGAGAUGGUGGCACCUGUUCUCAAGAGUUUCCAGGCCCAGGUGAGUCUCACGUCUUUGCCUCCUGCAGAUCUAGGCUGA